AUGGAUCUAUAGGAAUCAGCAAGAUUAAUCAUUUAGGCUCAUCAAGAUAUUCUGAUGAAUUUUAACCAUUCUAUUCUUGAAAAUUUGUCUUAUAAUCUAAAGUAGGAGCUAUUGGAAGAUAUCUAAAUAAGAGCUGUGAUGUGUGUUGAGUUUUUCACAAAGAACAUCUAAUACUCAACUAUUCAUAAGAUUGCUUGUAGAAUGAACUUCUAAUAAUUCACUCCAAGAGAGAUUAUAAACUAAUAACACUGCAAGGAUAAACACUCCUACUCAAGAAACCUGGCUAAGUCUUUUAAAUAUACAUUUUAUUCUAAAAAAGCAAUAUUGAUAUGCUAAAUGAGAAUGAUGUCUGCUUCAAAAACACUUAUUUUUCUAAAAGGCCAUCAAACAAAAAACCUAAAUGAUUUCUAGUCAGUUUCUGAUGAUAAUUAUGAAUAUAAUUAUAAUAUUACUUAAAAAGGGAAUUAUUUAGUAUUUGAAGUUUUAAUGAAAUUUUUAAUUUAUUAUGCUCUGUUUUACUACCAUUUGCUUUGA